AUGCCAUCAAUUCAUGUCGUUAUACCCGGUAUUGAAAGUUUAAAAACAAGUUUACAAUUGACGUCAAAUGAUACGAAAUCAUCAAAUGAGAAAGAUAUGACGUUUUUUCGAACGCAUGGAAAAUUAUCGAUGGAAGUUAUAUGUGAUUAUCAUCCUAUUCAUCUUAUGACUUUAUUUCUCAAUCCAAGAACUAGAAAAAUGAAACAAUGUACUGAUUAUCAACGAAACUCAUGUUUAGAAUACAUAAAACAAGAAAUGAUUAUCUUUGAUACACUUGAUAGUGAUACACAAUUGAAGAACAACAAUAAAUCGAUAAGAAAAAUAUCUAAUGACGUAAAUAGAACUCUUCGAAUAAUGCAGCAAUAUUAUGAACAACAAGAUGAACAAAACGAUUUACCAACAACAACAGCUGCAAUACAUCAAUCAGAGAUCGACAACUAUUUAAAAUUUGGAAUAGAUAAAUUAGACGAAUUAUGCAGCUCAAACUCAUCUUCUUUAGUUGAUCAAGAAUAUAAUCCAUUACAUUUUUGGAAGCAUCAUCAUACAUUAUAUCCACGUUUAACAAAAAUUGCCAAACGUGUUUUUUCAGUACCAGCAACUAGUGCUGCUGCGUAA